AUGAAAAUCAACGAUUCUGACAUGAUUCCGUACUCGGACAUUCUGCGAAACACAUCAAUCGCCGAUUUUUAUGCAAACAAAAAUAUUCUCAUAACUGGCGCGACGGGAUUUAUGGGAAAAGUGCUCUUAGAAACAUUACUUCGGAAAUGCGGUGGCAUUAAUUGCAUUUACAUCAUUGUUAGAAUGAAAAGAGGCGUUGACCCAAAGCAGCGUUACAAUGAAUUUAUCGAAGAUAUUGUAUUCGACAACAUUCGACAAGCCACACCAGAAAGAUUGGACAAAAUUAAAUUAAUUAAAGGCGACAUACUCAUUGACAAUUUGGGAAUAAACGAGAAAGAUACGAUUGAGUUGAUUGAAAAUGUUAAUAUUAUCUUUCAUUGCGCGGCAAAGGCCAAAUUCUCAUUGACACUGCGCGAUGCUUUAAGUCACAAUUUACAUGCAACGUGGAGAGUUUUACAGUUGGCUGAAAAAAUUCAAAAUUUAGCCGUCUUUUCACAUUUUUCAACGUGCUAUUGCAAUCCAUUGGAUAAAGUUAUGGAAGAGAGAUAUUAUAAGCCAUGCGAGGAUCCAUUCAAAGUCAUUCGAGCAUUGAUGUCGUCAAAUGAGAAAGACUUGGAUGAGCUGCAGCCAAUAUUAAUGCGUGGAAUGCCAAACACUUAUGCAAUUAGUAAAUUGUUAACGGAAGAACUCGUUCAUCUUUAUAGUGAUCGAAUAAAAUUUGUUGUAACUCGUCCGGCUGUCGUUAUAUCCGCAUGGCGUGAACCAUUCAUUGGAUACGUUGAUAACAAGAAGAAUGGACUUAUUGGACCAAUGAUGGCACGUGCUAGUGGUGCAUUAAGGACAGUUUUAUCAAAUCCAGAUAAAUUAAUUGAGUUAGUUCCAGUUGAUGUUGCCACACAUGCAAUUAUUGCACUUACAUGCAAACGAGGUCUAAUUGAAGGAAAUGAAAUUCUUUAUUGUAACAUUAUCGACUCCUAUACUCAUCCGUGGACAUUCAAGAAAUAUUUUGACUUAGAGAUGGACACAUUCAAGAAGUUUCCAAUGCGAAAUCAAUUAUGGUGGCCUUACUGCGUCAUUACAGGCAGUCGAUUUUAUUAUAAUUUUAGACGAGUUUAUCAUCAUUAUAUGCCAGCUGCUAUUGGUGAUUUAGGUUCAUUCAUAUUUAGACGAAAGCCACAAUUAAUAUUCUUUCAACGUAAAUUUGAUCGAGGCAUGCAUACAUUAGGAUUCUACAAUACCAGAGAAUAUUUCUACAAAAAUGAGCAAUUUAUGAAUUUACCAAAUGAAAUGAAUGAAAAGGAUCGAGAGCUGUUCUAUUGUGACUUUAAAAGACUUAACAUGGAAGAGGUCUUAAGAAAUUACGUCCUUGGUGUUCGAAAGUUUAUUUUGAAAAUUAACGACACCGACUCGUUGGAAUUAAGAAGAGGAAUUUUAACAUUAUUUUGGCAUGUGGACCUCCUAGCCUGCACUGUCAUAAACAUCAUCAACAUCGCAAUUCUCUUCUUUAUUCUCUUUUUCUUCUACGAUAAAGACAUGCUUUUUGACUUUUUGAGCAAUGUUUUUGAAACAAUCAAAUUUUUACUCUCAAAUUAUCUCGUACUUAAUAAAAAUGUAAUUGAGAAAUGCAAUCAGAGUUAG